GCUCUGGAGGAAAGAGCUGUCCUCGUCCUUCAGUCCCAGAAUAGGCAGAACAAUGAGAUGAAAGCUACCUUCCUGCGCGGGUCUUUUUCUGCCGGCGGAACGCAGGUGCUGGGGACUUCAAGAGCAGAGGGGGACCAGAGAGAGACGAACACAACUCCGCAGUUGCCUGGUAACGCGCGCUGGAGGAGUCCUAGCGUAAAGAGGUCCUAUGAAGUGUCACCGACCCCGAGUGGGACCUGGCCGCCCAUUCUCUUCGUGCUGGCGGCCUGUCCCCGCGGCUUGGCGGGCUAGGGCAGGGGAAAUGUUGCAGGAGGAGUCGGAUCUGUCUCUCCUGAUUGCCCAGAUAGUCCAAAAGCUCAAGGGCUCCAAUCUGUACGCUCAGCUGGAACGGCAGGCCUGGGCCAGUCUUCAGAGACCUGAGAUUAGACUUGAAUCACUAAAAGAAGAUAUUAAAGAAUUCUUUAAAAUAUCAGGUUGGGAGAAGAAACUUCAAAAUGCUGUUUAUAGUGAACUGAAUGUGUAUCCUUUACCCAGUCAUCCUGCUGCACCUCCUGAACAUCUUAAAGAGCCUUUGGUAUACAUGAGAAAAGCACAGGGAAGUUGGGAAAAAAGAAUUUUGAAGAGUCUAAAUAGUAUGUGCACUGAACUGAGUAUCCCAUUGGCACGAAAGAGGCCAGUUGGACAACAGAAGGAACUUCUUAAUAAGUGGAAUGAAAUGGGAACUGAUGAACCAGAUUUAAGCCUUUUCAGACCUGUUUAUGCACCUAAGGAUUUUCUUGAGGUAUUAAUUAAUCUUCGCAACCCAAAUUAUGAAAAUGGUGAUUCUCUUAGUUUCAGGACUCAUUUGGGUUUAAUCCAAGUUCCUCUCAAAGUAAAAGACAUCCCUGAAUUGAAAGAAUGCUUUGUGGAGCUUGGCUUAAAUAUAGGACAGCUGGGUAUAGAUGAUUCUACACAAGUGCCUCCUGAAUUUUUUGAAAAUGAGCAUGUGCGUAUUGGGCAAAAAGUUCUAGCAGAACAAGACAGUGCUGCUGCUCAGCAGUAUAUCAGACAAGGGAGCCCCACGGCACUGAGAGCUGAACUGUGGGCUCUCAUUUUAAAUAUUUCCAGUCAACCGGAGGAUCUCUUAUAUUAUGAGCAGCUUAAGACCAAUGUGAUACAACAUGACCUUUUGGUGGACAGUCUAAUUUAUAAAGAUGUGAAGUUGACAGCAAGCAAUGAUGAUUACUAUUUUGUAUUUGAAGAUUAUUUAUAUCAGGUAUUACUUUGCUUUUCCCGGGAUACGUCUGUAUUGGGUCACUUUGCAUACAACAGUGCUUCACCACCGAAAUCAUACAUAAGAGGAAAACUAGGAUUAGAAGAAUAUGCUGUCUUUUAUCCACCAAAUGGUGUAAUCCCUUUUCAUGGAUUUUCAAUGUAUGUUGCACCACUUUGUUUUCUCUACCAUGAACCUUAUAAACUGUAUCAGACAUUCCGUGAGAUGUAUGUGCGUUUUUUCUUCAGACUGCAUUCCAUCUCUUCUCACCCUUCUGGUAUUGUGUCACUCUGUUUGCUGUUUGAAACCCUUCUUCAAACCUAUCUCCCACAACUCUUUUAUCAUCUUCGAGAAAUCGGGGCUCAACCACUUCGCAUAUCAUUUAAGUGGAUGGUUCGUGCCUUCUCUGGAUACUUGGCUACAGAUCAACUCUUGCUCUUGUGGGAUAGGAUCCUAGGAUACAACUCUCUGGAAGUUCUUGCUGUCCUGGCAGCUGCUGUGUUUGCUUUCCGAGCAGUGAACCUGAUGGAGGUGACAUCACUGGCUGCAGCUGAAGCAGUUCUUGCUGACCUUUCUACUUUAAAAGUUAUGCCUCUUCUUCAGAUUUUUCUGUUUGCUACUGUCACCUGAUCUUCUUCAAGGUCACUGACAACACUUCUAGUUUUUCAUUAGGAACUAAUCAUGAACUAUGCAAACUCUGCAUAAAACCAAAAUUAAAUUUUGCAUAUAAGCCAAUAAAGAUCAUGUUCCCUCCUCAGUUAAAGCUGAGUAGUUUUUCACUUUUUGAAACAAUAACCCUGCACACCAAAUAUUGCAUUGCAUGCUGCUGAUUUUCAAGAGAGAAGCAAUAGAUGUAACUUCUGCUAAAUUGAGAUAUAUAUAUAUGUAUAUAUAUAUGUGUGUGUGUAUAUAUAUGUGUGUGUGUAUAUAUAUAUAUAUACACACACACAUAUAUAUAUCCUAACUUGUAAAAGGCAUGCAACAAUAUAUGCAAUAAGAACUAAUGAUACUGUAAUAAACUUCAAGAGCUAAUGUAGCUUCUUGGACAAUUCUUUUAUGUCAGGUUAUAAAGUUAUCCCUAGAUAAUGUAUUGUUUUUGUCAUAAAUUGCUCUUCUCUCAGAAGCAGAGGUGAGGUGCAGUGUGAAAAGUCUUGAAAAACACAGCUUUUAAGUAUAAAUUUCAAUGUACUUUGGUAUUUUAACAACUUUGCACUCACUAGAGAUUUUCAAGAUACCCCUCCAUUUUAUUUGUCUCUUAAAUGUUUCCACUGGGAAGGUCAAAUGCCUUUAUGUUCAUCUGAUAAUACUUCAUUCUUCACUCUCUAAAAGGCAGGCAAUCAUAGGGAGACCCCUUUGUACUUGUCAGCCUUCUGUUUCUUACCUAGAGGUCUUGCCACUGCUGAGUCAUGAUGCCAGAUUCUGUUUCUCUGGAAGAAUACAAGGAAGACGUCCCAGGGAAUGAAGGCAAUGAAGAAUCAAAACCAUAUCCACCAGCCCAGGGAUUUAGCUCAGUGGUUCCACCGCCUGCCUCGCAAGCGCAAGGUCCUGAGUUCGAUCACCGGUACCAAAAAAAAAAAAACAUGUCCACUGUUUUCUGAAGCUUGGUUUAACAAGAUUUACUGCUAGGGCAGAGAAGCUAAGAGAAACCACAAGUAGGUAA